GGCGUGUCCGCGCGUGCGCACCUCGUUUCUGCGUGCCUCCCUAAUGGACUUGGUGGCUUAGUACCCGGGUCCCGGCACCCCUGAUCGCGCCGCGGCGGGGAAGGUUCGCCGCCAAGAUCAGUCUCAGGUGACGCGAGGUCCCCAGCAACCCGCAGCAGCCAUGGCGGCCAUCCCGUCCGGCGGCUCGCUAGUGGCCACCCACGACUAUUACCGGCGCCGCCUGGGCUCCACCUCCAGCAACAGCUCCUGCGGAAGUGCCGAGUGCCCGGGGGAAACCAUCCCCCACCACCCGGGGCUCCCCAAGGCUGACCCGGGGCACUGGUGGGCAAGCUUCUUCUUCGGGAAGUCCACUCUGCCAUUCAUGGCCACGGUGUUGGAAUCACCGGAGCACUCCGAAGUCCCUCGUGCAGUGAGUGGCACCACUCGCAGUCACCUGCCACCGGAAGCGGAGAGGAAGCAGCCUGGCAGCCCCAGCACCACCACUGCUGGACCCCCUUUCUGAGUGCCCCCUUACCUCGCUUACCACCUCGCUUCUACCCGGAUGUCCCCCUUCCCUGCCCCUUGGGCUGGCUCCUUUUGUAUCAAAACAACCAGACCAAACAAGGAAGUUGAGGAACUGAGCUGUUUACUCUUCACACUGCACACUCCCUUAUACCAUGAUGACCAUGAUGACGUGCCUUGCCCUUAGUGGAAAUAAACUCCCAGCAGCCAGUA